AUGGAUCGUCAAAUACUGGACUACCUGCCUCAAGAAGUACCAACCGAUAUUUUCACAACAGUUCCCAUCAAAUCCCUCCUUCUCUGUACUCUCGUCUGCAAAUCUUGGCACACCUUCGUCACGGACCCGAGUUUCGUCAUCGCUCACCUCAACCGACCUCGAACCCUAUCCCACAACAAUGCCCACGACCUGAUUCUCCUUCGCAACUACUCCGAGCAGCGCAAGGAAGAGGUGUACUCGCUCCGUUUCGAUGACGAAUCGUUCCGCGAGUACCAAAAGAUUGAAUUCCUAUUCAAGAGCGCCGCGAAUGAUUUCUACCGGGUAGUCGGUUGCUGCAAUGGGGUGGUUUGUAUCACCGACGAUCAGUUUAGGUACGCGCACGACACGGUUCUGUGGAACCCUUCGAUAAGGAAGUCCGUGACCCUUCCGAAACCUAGGAUAAGUGAGGCGAAAUUUGAGCAUGUGAUGGGGUUCGGGAAAAGACCCGAGAUCGACGUUUAUAGGUUCAGCUCGGGGAGUUGGGAGGACAUUAGCCGUUCGGGUGGUCUUGGGUUUUAUUCCAUUCGGAAAAAGGCACUGCAGGCUUAUUUGAAUGGGGCUGUGCAUUGUGUUCGUCCUGCUGUUUUUCUGGGAGAUCUCGCCCUGAUUGAAUGCAAAAUAAGUACUGGUCAGGAAAAUUGGAGCGUGUGGGUAAUGAGAGAAUAUUGUGUGGCCGAGUCUUGGACUGAACACCUAUGUUUGGAGGUUGGUCAGAUUCGGUUAAUGCUUCGGUUUAUACUUCUGCAAUCUUUUCAAAGUAUCACCGAAGCAAGGGCAUCUUAA